AUGUUUCUCUCUCUAUUAUCUGCAGCACGCCUAUUGGAAUUAAAGAAGCCUAUUUUCACGUUAAUUCCAAGAAACCCAUUUUUCAGCUUCAAACUUAUCUCUCAAAUUCAAAAGCUUGCUCAGCUCCUGUCAAUGUACGUUUCAAUGGAGAUUGGAAAUGAUUCGGAUGAUGCAGAAGAUAACCACAUCGCAUACGACGUGACGUAUGUGGAGGAUAUACCUCAACAAGGAUCAGAUUUUUUGGAUUGCGGGAUAUACUUGCUAGCAAUUGCCGAGUACCUAAGUGAGGGUAAAGGUAUUCCAGUUCAAUACCUUGAUUCUAAGUUACACCGCAUCAGAUACGGUGCACUCUUGUGGGAAUAUGCAAUGAAAAAGAUGAAAGACGGGGCUGAUAGCGAUAAUGAGGCACCGCCAAGAAGAAUGAGGACACCCGCAAGGAUCGAUAAUAGUCAACUUUUUCUGAUUGAUUAGUAUUUUGUACUAGUUCUUUUUUGAACUUAUGGUUAAAACUAAUAUUUUGGUUUU